AUGGAUGAGAUGAAUGCGAGGAACAAGAGGCAGGUGGCUAACGACAACACCACCACUCGGACUGAGCAGCAGCAGCAACAUCAACAUCGACCACGAGUGGAUUUUGAAAUGCCAUUUAUUACACCGCAAUGCACCGCAAUGGAGCAACUGAAGAAACUUCGGAAUCCUCCCCCACCCCUAAACCAUGCACUCGUCACCGGACCCAUCGAUGGCAUUGGUAAGGCCUUCGCCUUCCAAUUAGCUCGGAAGGGGCUCAAUCUGAUCUUGGUAGGUCAGAAUCUGGACAAACUCAAGGACGUCUCGGACGCUGUCUUAGCCAAGUACGGCAAAACCCAGAUCAAGACCGUCGUGGUCAACUUCACCGGCAACCUCAACGACGGCGUCAGGCACAUUCGGGAGACGAUUGAAGGGUUGGAUGUGGGACUUUUGAUUAACAACGUUGGGAUUUCAUACCUGUAUGCUCGGUUCUUUCAUGAGGUGGAUUCAGAACUGCUCAGAGGAACUUGA